AUGCCUACUUCUACCGUGGAAUAUAUAAACCUUUUUCAAGGCACUGUCCCAACCGUGCGGUUUAAGUCGCUUGCAUUUCGAACUAAACUGCAAACAGCGUAAGCAACGUUUUCGUUAAACGGUUAGCUCGCAGAGUGAUUAUUCACUGCAUGGUUCGCUGUGUGUGUAUCGCAAAGUUUCAAUGGGCAGAUAGUUCUUCACCUGUUCUUCGCCUAGGAGGAAGCUCCACCUCCAGAACCUGAGCCACAACCGAAGCCAACGCCCGAGCCUGCACCUCCACCGCCAGAGGCAGCUCCAACGCCAUCGCCGGAACCGCCAGCACCGGCACCGGCACCGGCACCAGCUCCAGCUCCAGCACCAGCACCAGCACCUCCUGCUGAGGGAGCUCCAGCGCCAGCGGAAGCUGCUCCACCUGCAGAAGGAGCGCCUCCAGCAGCACCUCCAGCAGAAGGUGCACCUGCAGAAGGCGCGGCACCACCAGCGGAGGGUGAAGCACCAGCAGCUGCUCCCGCGGAAGGAACAGCUCCACCACCAGCGGAAGGCGCGCCGGCCGCACCUCCUGCCGAGGGUGCACCUCCUGCCGAGGGUGCACCUCCACCACCAGCCGAGGGUGCACCACCAGCCGAAGGUGCACCUCCUGCCGAGGGUGCACCAUCAGCCGAAGGAGCACCGCCACCAGCUGAAGGCGCAGCUCCACCAGCUGAAGGCGCAGCUCCAGCACCACCGGCAGAAGGUGCACCUGCACCAGCGGAAGGAACUCCAGCAGCUCCAGAAGCAGCACCACCACCACCACCACCAGCCGAAGGUGCUGCACCUGCAGAAGCAGCCCCGGCGGAGGCUGCAGCAGCACCCCCGGCAGAGGCUGCGCCAGCACCAGCGCCCGCUGAAGCACCGGCAUCGUAACUUCGUCGAAGUUGGAACGGACAAAGGGUCACCUCGCUGUAUGAUUUCCACUCGUCGCAUCGUCAGAAUUUGCAUAAAACGUACACGAACAAGCACAGAGUACGGACACGCGGAUAUAUGUACGUCGGGCUGUGUCACACUCGACGUGAUGCUAACACGCGUUGCUUGUCAUCGUCGUCAUCACCGUCACAUCAUCAUCGUCAUCGUAUCAACCAUUGUUUUCGUCCUGCACACGCGUCACGUCAGCGUCACGCCGUGUCUCGGAGAAACGCAAGCGAAACCGAAGCGAAAAGGGAUAGAGAUAGGCAGGAAGGAAGGAAGGAAGAGAAUGGAGAAAGUGACGUUUGACGUUGACGUGUUUUUCUUCGUCCCCUUGCUGGAUUCUACGACGCCUUGUCAUUCAAAGUAAAUCGAGAAUCAUCGUCAUCGGGUGCCUGGCCAAUUUCCCGCUUGUUUUACCUAAUCAUGGGAAUAAAGUGUAAGCCGUGUUGUUGCCCUGGGCUUUAUUAUAUAUCCGUAAGCGUUCGCCACUGUCGUCACACACGGAUAUUUUUCUAUCGACUGAGACCGAACGAAUCUAACACGAAAAAUAAACACGCAGUCAUACACUCUCAACGCGACAAUUUUUAUGUUAAGUAAUAUACGACGCGUUAUUAAUGCAGACGUUAUCAACGCUUCCUUGGAUUGGAUUUCGUAAUAAAAAGUACUUUUUUUUUUCUUCGAUCAGAUCUCGAGUCUCGCAGAUCUCGAUGAAUACCCUUGCCCCAAUAUUAAAUUCAGUCUUUAUUAUUUUCAGCAAUUUCGUUCCAGGCACGGUACCCAUAAUAAAUUAA